GGGCCAAUAGAGCUGGCCAACAGCCGAGAGUCAACAGCGGAUGUGCAUUACGGCGGCUAUGUCAAUUUUAUUUCGCAUCCAGUUCUAACCCGUCGUGGUCAGGAACUGAUGCGAAAGCUGCGUUUCGAUCAUCUGGACUAUCAGCUAUUCGAGAUGAAGCCGCUCAGCUAUGAGGGAUAUAUGCAGAGCUAUGGCAAACUAAAUACUUGCCAGCUGGCUACGCAAACCCACUCCCAGCAGAUGGACAACGAAUGCCAGACUCUGGAGCUGCACACUCGCACCAGCUGGACACAGCAUCCACCUCAUUAUGGCAGUCUGUUGGUGCAGAGCUGCAGCGGGGAUGCAGACGAUGRCAGUGAUAGACUCGUGGCUCAUGCAAAUGAUGUAUUCGAUUGCAGUCUGGCACGCCUGGAGCAACUGCGUCAGGCUGAGCAACAGCGCGCUAUGCGCCAGCAACAACGGCGUCUGACCAAACCCAGCGAUUUGAAUAGGCUAGGCGUGUUUCUGCAAAAGGCAUCAUUGCUUCUAGGCAAAGUACUGAACUCCAAUGGCCCAACUCGUUCGSCACGCCAAGUGCCGCUGCUGCAGACCGGCCUGCUGAAUGCGCUCCCAGUGCGUCGCAUCUUUGGUAGCGCCGGGCAGCAGCAGCUCGUGGUCACGGUGCAUGAGUGUCCGCCCGAUUCUAAUGUCUAUCGAGAUGAUUUCGCCAAUCUGCUGAUGGUCUGGUCUCUCACGGAUCCCAGCAAGCCGCUACGUCUGCUGUCCACCUGGGCGGAAGUAUCGCGUGUGGCAUUUUGCUGCGAAGCACCCGACAUAGUUGUUGCGGGUCUGCGCGAUGGCAGCAUUGCCAUGUGGGAUUUGCGCGAAACAUACAGCUUUUGCUCCAAGCUGGACGGAAAUUUGACACACUUUGCAGCCACACAGUCGGUGGUGCCCACCAUGGAGAACCAAGGAUUGACUGCACUGGACCUGGGUGCCGUAGUAGAUGUGCGCAGCUUUCGCCCGGCACCCCAUGCAUCUGGCCUUGGAGUGGCCACCAGUUGGACUCUGGCACACAAGGAUAUUCAGUAUGCAUCGCUUAACGAUUCUGGUCUGCUAACCAUUUGGUCGCUGGUGGCAAGUGGGUUAAAUUGUGGUGCAACGACACGAAACGAGUACAGCUCACCCUGGGCCAGGGUCAAGCUGCUGCAGGCUGUGAGCUGUGAUCUGCGCGGCUAUCUAGAGCGCCGCCUGCUG